AAAUCAAUUUAGUGGGUUGCAAACACAAUUUUCCCAUUAAUGAAAUGAAGUUAAAUAGAAAAGAAGAUAUCAGAGUGCAUGCACACAGGCAGGGGGAGGCCGACCCUGUGUAGCAAUCUGUUUCAGGUGUUUCACACCCCAAUGUGAGCAAAGGUGUUUAUGAGCCACGGUGCUGAAAGAUGGAGCUGGCAACGGACUUGCCCUGCCAAGGCUUGGAUGGCUGCUGUCAAAUUACUCUCCAACUUAAUUCAUCCACAGGCCAAUGGGGUUUCAACCUAUUUCACAGAGGUGGUAACUGAGGCUCGGAGAGGGCAGGAAGGCAAGAAGCUGGGAGACAGAAUCCUCCAUCCUGACUGCAAAGAUGCAAAGACCCUGUCUCUGCUUAGUCUGAAAUGCAAAUUUGAAGAUUCCAAAAUUUCACAAGUUAAGGAUUCUCAAGUUCUAAGAGAUAAGGAGUUCUAAGAGGAGGGUGCCAUGAGCCUCAGCCUCAGCUCUUUUUUUUUCUUUUUCUUUUUUCUUUUUUCUUGUUUUGGCCGCCCUGCGGCAUAUGGAGCUCCCAGGCCAGGGAUCAGAUCAGAGCUGCAGUUGCAACCUAUGCUGCACCUUUGGCAACACCAGAUCCUUAACGCACUGUGCCACGCCAGGAUGGAACCUGCGUGCCAGUACUCCAGAGACACCAUCGAUCUGGUCUGUGCCACAGCAGAAACCCCUCAGUUCUCAUCCCCCUCCUUCCUCAAAGAGUUUUUGAGAAUUCAGUGAGAAAAUGUAAAGCCUGAAACCCACGGCCCGACACAGAGUAAUUGUUCAAUAACCGUUAGCUGUUACUAUAACACUCUGAUUAGAAAUUCUGUAGGUAUGCGGAUAUUUGUAAUCUGUCCUCGUCCAGGUCUCCCGGCCAGAGCGUAGCCAGGACGCCCAGGGUCGUGGCCUGGAUCCCGUGGGAGAGGAGGGAUGAUCCGGCCCACAACGCCCCCUGGUGGCCUCCCAGAGGACUGCAGAGUCUCAGCCGAGGCUACAGGACGCCGGGUCGUUGGCGGGGGUCGGAACCACGCCCCUCCAGCCCUUCGCAGACCAGCCCUGCCCUUCCCUUCAGGAACCCUAUCUUCCCGCUUCGUCCCCUAAAGACCCAGAAGCCCCCACCCUCUUUGUAAAUCUGGGUGUCUCAUCUCCAGCUUGAUUUCUUGCAGGCGCCUGUCACCGGGACCCAGGAAUUAGGUCCCGGCUCUCUCAGACACCCUUCUCCCCCACUCCAGCUCUUAGAGGACUCAGGGGUCUGGGCACACUGCGUUCCUUCUUGGAGACAAAGGGACCGUACUAUCUCUCUAACAUUUAACCCUAGAAAGUUCAGCUCUCUGACCUUUAAUCCCGAGCGACGACCGAUGAGCCACACAUUUCACCGCAGCCCAGGAAAGUUACGUCCCAACCCCAGCCCCCUUCAGGGUCUGGAUAGCUAAACUCCCAGCCCCACUCUGGCAUCCAACAAGUUCCAGGUUUCCCCCACCCCCUCCAGUGCCAACUAGGGACUCUCCGCCCUUUCAGAAGGGGCCCAGGUAUCCUACCUGCAAUUUCUACCCGCUUGGGAAGUCCUAUCGCCACCCACCCAAGCCACCCCAUCCGGCUCUUCUUUGGGGAUCAGACAUUACAAUCCCAUCUAGAGGGAACCCAGUUGUCAAGAGUCCCCAGCCCCUGCCCCCUCUGGUGUCACAGGUACCGGCAGGUCCCUUCUCGGUUCUCCAGGGCCUGCCCUCACCUCUCCCGCCCCGUCCCGUCCCACCUAGGCCUGGGCGGGGCCGCGCCUCUCUCAGCCGCUCGCGUCCCUCCCGGGGCACCCAAGGGACCCAUGGCUGCGGCGGCCCGGCGGGGACCGCAGUGGGGAGAAUCCCGCGCGUUCGGCCGGGCGGUGAGGCUGCUGCAGCGCCUAGGAGAGCAAUGCAGGGACCCCCGACUCGGCUCCGGUCCCCCCUCCUUGCGGGACCUGCUGCCCCGCACCGCGCAGCUGCUGCGCGAGGUGGCGCAAGCCCGGCGGGCGGCCGGCGGAGGCGGUCCCGAGGCUGCCGAGGGUCCCGGGGGUGCGGGGGACUUUCUCAUGGUCUUUCUCGCUAACCUGGAGGCCAAGAGCAGGCAGGUGGCGGCGCUCCUGCCACCCCGGGGCCGAAAGACCGCCGCCGACGAGCUCUUCCGGGAGGGCUCCAGACUCAGGCGACAGCUGGCCAAGCUGGCCCUCGUCUUCAGCUACAUGCACGCGGAGCUCGGCGCGCUCUUCCCCCAAGGCAAGUACUGUGGACACCUGUACCAGCUCACCAAGGUGGCGGCGCACACUUUCUGGAGGGAGCACUGCGGUGCCCGGUGUGUGCUGCCCUGGGCCGAGUUCGAGGCCCUCUUGUGCAUCUGCCACCCGGUGGAACCAGGCUCCACGGCCCUGGCCUUGCGCUCCACCAUCGACCUCACCUGCAGCGGCCACGUGUCCAUCUUUGAGUUUGACAUCUUCACCCGGCUCUUUCAGCCGUGGCCAACACUCCUCAAGAACUGGCAGCUCCUGGCAGUCAACCACCCAGGCUACAUGGCCUUCCUCACAUAUGAUGAGGUCCAGGCGCGUCUGCAGGCCUGCAGAGACAAGCCAGGCAGCUACAUCUUCCGGCCCAGCUGCACUCGCCUGGGACAGUGGGCCAUCGGAUACGUGAGCUCAGAUGGCAGCAUCCUGCAGACCAUCCCUCUCAACAAACCUCUGUUCCAAGCACUCCUGGAAGGACAAAAGGAAGGCUUCUACCUCUACCCUGAUGGGAAGAACCACAACCCGGACCUGACGGAGCUCUGCGGAACGGGACCCUAUCAACGCAUCCACGUGUCGGAGGAGCAGCUGCAGCUGUACUGGGCCAUGAACUCCACAUACGAGCUCUGCAAGAUCUGUGCCGAGAGAAACAAGGACGUGAAGAUUGAGCCAUGCGGGCACCUGCUCUGCAGCCGCUGCCUGGCUACCUGGCAGAACUCAGACAGCCAGACCUGCCCUUUCUGCCGCUGCCAGAUCAAGGGCCAAGAGCCUGUGAGUAUCCAUCAGUUCCAAGGGAGGCCAGAGGAAGCCGGCGCUGAGGACCCAGGGGACAGCAGUGACCAGGAAGAUGGGGAGGAGGAGCUGGGCCAGGUGACCCCCUCAGCGCCUCCCCGCCCCUCUCAGCUGGAUAUGGCCCCGGAGAGUCCCCGAAGCAAAUACCAGCUGGAAGUGGCGCCUCUGGCCCUCCCCAAACUUCGGGCCCCUUUUACCUUGCCAAGAUUUUGGACCUCAGCCUCAGCCCCAUGGGAAAUCACCUCCAGCCCCCAGGCCAGGGAGGGAGCCAGAGAGAAUUCCUAAAGGGAAAGCGCCCCCCUCAGCUGCCCCUGAGGGGCCCUCCGAGGCCUCGAUGCCAGGGCACCAAGAUACGCUGCUAAAGGGAACCCCGGGGCCUGGAAGGGGUUUGUGAAGCAGAAAUAAACUGCCAAGCCUUGUCC